AUGCUGCCCUCGCAGGAGGCCUCCAAGCUCUACCACGAGCACUACAUGCGGAACUCGCGGGCCAUCGGCGUGCUAUGGGCCAUCUUCACCAUCUGCUUCGCCAUCAUCAACGUGGUGGUCUUCAUCCAGCCCUACUGGGUGGGCGACAGCGUGAGCACCCCCAAGCCUGGCUACUUCGGCCUCUUCCACUACUGUGUGGGCAGCGGGCUGGCGGGCCGCGAGCUCACCUGCCGAGGCUCCUUCACCGACUUCAGCACCAUCCCGUCCGGCGCCUUCAAGGCAGCCGCCUUCUUCGUGCUGCUCUCCAUGGUGCUGAUCCUCGGCUGUAUCACCUGCUUUGCGCUUUUCUUCUUCUGCAACACGGCCACGGUCUACAAGAUCUGCGCCUGGAUGCAGCUCUUGGCAGCUCUGUGCCUCGUGCUGGGCUGCAUGAUCUUCCCCGACGGCUGGGACGCCGAGACGAUCCGGGACAUGUGCGGGGCCAAGACCGGGAAGUACUCCCUGGGGGACUGUUCGGUGCGCUGGGCGUACAUCCUGGCCAUCAUCGGCAUCCUCAACGCCCUCAUCCUCUCCUUCCUCGCCUUCGUGCUGGGCAACCGGCAAACAGAUCUGCUGCAGGAGGAGCUCAAGCAGGAGAACAAAGAUUUUGUAGGUUCUACAGUAAGCUCCGUGUUGCGGCCAGGGGGUGAUGUCUCCGGAUGGGGAGUCCUCCCCUGUCCCGUCGCUCACUCACAGGGACCCUGAGGGCCAGGAUCACAGCCCAGGAAUUGACCUGUCCUCAGCUUGUCCCGUUGCCUGCCCUCUCAUCCCUUCAUUCAAGCUCCGAGGGAAGACCCCAUCCAGGACUGACUGCUCACCUGCUACCUGCCUGUAGCUCCGGGCUUUGAAGAGGUUGGGGCUGGGAUGCAGCGUGCGGGAGGGCCUGAUUCUGCUCCUCCCUCAACUGACCUAAGGGAGCCAGAGCCCUGGGCCCUUGGGCUUCUCCCUUCCUCUCUAGGCCGGCCCGGGGCCCCCACAGAGUCUCCAGGGGAAGUGGCCCUGCGGUUCCGGUUCCCCAGGCCCCGUCCGUCUGGAGGGCUCCCACCUGGCUGCAUCCUUGCCUCCUCUGGUCCCUGUCUCCUACAGAAACUUACCCAGGAUACUGGCCCAGGGUGGACUGGACUCUUUCCUGUUUUCUUCCCCCUGAUGAUGGUUCCAUCACAUCAUCACAGAGCUCCAGGCACCACCUGCCUCCUCGGGGCCUCUCUGCUGCCCAAGCCAGCCUGUUUUCACCUCUCCCAAAGGAGUCUGAGCUGCACCAAGAGAGAAAACACAGGGCCUCCCUGUCAGUUGCUGAUGGGGGUCCUGAACAGCCCGGAGUCUGAGGACAGACAGGCUUUGGAAACAGUAGGAGGCGGCACUUUGAGUCCUGUCUUGGUGACAUCUGACCAUGGCAGCUGGGGCUGGAGGGGGCUCAGCCUCGGGCUGGCCUGGCCUUCUCCCUGCUGGGAUGUCUCACCCAAUACUGGACCCUUGACCCUGGCCUGUUUUGUACAGCACAGACUUCUUGGCCCUGUUGUCAGGGCUGGGGUUUUGGGAGGGGGGCCCAAGAAUGGGAAAUUAGGGGAUGCAUCACCCCUCUGCCCCUUCUCAUGCCCCAAACCUGGGCAUCUGCCAAGGGCAGAGACUGUCUUGCCUCUUUGAUACUUUUUCUGCAUAACUUGAACUUGCAGGUCACCUCUGAACAGGGUACCCCCUGUCCCCAUCCCCAGGCCUUGUAACCCUAUCCCCACCUCCACUUCUUCCUCCUUGCCCACCUCUCGCCUUGCGAUAUGCCCAGGGUCUACAGCCCAAUGGGCAGUGCUUGGAGCUGAGGCAUGAGUGUGUGUGUGAGCGUGUGUGUGUGUGUGUGUGUGUGGUGUGUGAGCAUGUGUGUGUGUGUGUGUGAGUGUGUGUGUGUGUGUGUGUGUGUUGGGGAGCAGAAGAGGAGUCUUUCUCUCCACCGCCCCCCCACCGUGGGGGCAUCUCCUUCCCCCUUGGCCAGGAGCAAAUGAGGGAGAUUCCAGGUGUUUCCAAACUUCCCUCAUUGCCUGGUAGACCUGGUGGUUGAGUUAUGUGGCUGGGGUGUGGAGAGCCCCUUUCAGCCCCCAGUGCAGGUGGCAGGUUGGCUUCAUCUAGUGUGCCUACUUCUGUCUUCCAGUACUGGGGGGAGUACUGGUCCACUGUGUAGCCAGAGCAGGAGGCCUCUGCGGGUUCACUGGGGAAGGUUGUUGUCAUCAUUUCCUUUGUGGGCCUCAGCCAAAGGAGGGGAGGAAAGCAGCGAGUGCCAUGUAUUUGCCAAUCUUGUGUUCAUUUCCAUAGGACUUGGACCUGAGAGGGUUUCGAAGAUAGACCCUAGAAAUCCUCUGCAUGAGACCCCCAUCUGGACCCUAACUGGAAUCAGAUGCUGGGUCCUGGUAGGAUUCCCGAAACCCGGAACUCACCAAGUCCUGAUGCUCCACCUUCCUGACUCAGUCCUCUUGAGCAAACACCUUUCCCCUGGUGCUCUGGCCUUGGCCCAGUGCUCCCCUCUCUUCCCCCAGGGCUCUACCUGCAGGAAGGGGCUGUACACCACGGGCCUAUGCUGAGUGGGAGGGUCAGGGGAGCCUCCUGAGAGGCAGUGGGGGGCAGAAGUGAGUUCCUCAAAGAUCCAAACCAAAGCCCAGUGUUGGGAGGCUGUGGGGGGUGGGUCU